CAAGUCAAACUCAAGUAAUUUUCAGAUUUCUGGACUCCCCACCCAGCAGCCAAAGCAUCAUAAUGGGCUUCUAUCCAAAAGUUAUCUUGAAGAAUAUUGUUCAGGGUGCAAAAUCAAGUGUUACAGUGUUGAGGAAUGUCCUUGCAGUCCCAGUUCAACUUGUUCUGGAUAUGUACUCAAGGUGUAAUGACUAAUUUUGUAAUUGUAUGCUACUUACCACCUGUAACCCAGCCACAGGUACUGCACAUCAAUGGUGAUCCUGCUCUUGGGGUUUUGUCUGUUCCUUAUUCUAAGUUGUAUAAUUUUAGCCCGUCUGCAAAACUGGGGAGAGACACAACCAUGGGCCUUGGGGUGGGAGAAGACAGGACUUUGUAACACAGUCUGUGUGUGCUGCCACAGCAUGCAGAAUUUGGGAAACUCUUGUCUCCCAACCUGGUGUUCUGGCCUUUGCAUGCUUUGUACCCUACGGCCAGAGAUUAAAUAUCCAUCGCAGUCAUCUUGCUCACGUGUUGUGUUCUGCUUUGCAUUAAAAAUUGAUGCUGUGCUCUAGUUUCCAGAUGACUUUUGUUUGCUUGCCGUCUGGCUCAGCACGAGCUCCUCUUGCUUCCUUGCCACGCCACUCUUUACCCACACAAACAACCACCAGCUUGCCCUCAGACACAUCCUGCAACAGAGCAGGUGAGAACACUGACAGCCAGAGCCCAGCUGGAGAGAAGCAGCAGUUUGAAUGGCUUGUUUGGUGCACUGCAGAGCUCCUGUGCCACACAGGUGUGCCGGGAGGCCAGAGCUUGCUAAAACAGCCCUUUACUUGAUACGCCCGGUUCUUCAGGGGUCAGUGAUCCAACCAAAAAUGUAUUCAUAUCAAUGAUUUUUGGUAUAUCAGAUCACAGACAAAGCAAAAGCAGCUAUUUCUUUUUAGUGUGAGAAGGUUCCUCUUCCUCCUGGGAGCUAUGUGGCGUUAGAAGGUGGAGUGCAGAAGAAUUCUCUUGUGUGAAGAAUUCACUGUGUGAAGCUCACCUGGGGGACUCUGGGAUCUGCUGAGACAAGCAGCGUGUCCUAUCAAGAAGCUGCAGUGAUCAGCAUUCCAUGGUGGGAGAAGGCUCGUCUCCUCAGCACCAUUAUUUGGGGGUUUGCCCUGCUUGCUGUGUUGUCCAUUCUGUUAGGAUUCACAGGAUCAGCUCUGCAUUUGCUGCAGCCACAGUCCCUGCAUUGGCACCAUCUCCAGCUGGGGCCCAGGCAGCCUGGCUCAACGGGGUAUUGUUUAUUCCACCCAGGAAUGUGCAGGCAAGCAGGGACCUCGGGGAGCUUUACAGAGCAAAAUGUUCUGCUCUGAGCAGGGAGAGGGGGUGUGGGUGGCCACAGCUCUGAAGGCCGGUGGGAGCCGUCAGGGUGUGCAGGUAAUGUCCUGUCCUAGAAGUGUGAAUGAGGACAAUGCAGGCUGUGCAGAUGCAUUGGGGUAUGGAGGAGGAAAGGAGGGCUGUCCAGAUUUGGGGAAUAGAGGGAGGAACAGAGGAAAAAAGGUAGAAAUGUCUUAGUAUGUAGUUAGUAAGCUUCUGUUCUUGACACAAUGGUGUGAGAAGCCAAGCGUAACUGCUGGUUCCUCCCACUGUGUGCUGGGUACUAAUCCUGCAGCCUAGAGCACAGCAAGAGCUGCAGCAGAUCUCUUGUCAAAGCCAGUCCUCCAGCAGCUGAAGAAUGCACUGAACUGAGGGGUAUCUCUGUCACUGGGGGUGGAUUGUGUUUUUAGUGAACAGACACUGAGCUAUAAUGAAGGAAGUAUGAAGAGACCUAGGUGAAAUGGAAGCCUUAGGCACUGACCUGCCUUCAGACCCUGCACAAUGGAGGCUGGCUCCGUGGUGCGGGCAGUCUUUGAUUUCUGUCCCAGCGUCUCUGAAGAGCUGCCCCUCUUCGUGGGAGAUGUCAUCGAGGUGUUGGCUGUGGUGGAUGAGUUUUGGCUCCUUGGCAAGAAGGAAGGUGUGACAGGGCAGUUUCCUAGCAGCUUUGUUGAACCUGUGGAUAUUCCCCCUUUGAAGCAGGGAGAAAAACUGUUUGUUUGUACCAAUGACUUCACAUCUCAAGAGCCAGGGAGCUUGUCAUUGCAGAGAGGAGACUUGGUGAUCCUGGGGGGGUCCCUGGCCUCCAGCUGGCUGCAGGGCCGAAGCAGCUGGGGUUCCAAGGGCUUUUUCCCCUCCUCAUGUGUGAGGGAGCUGUGCCUUUCAGUUCGGAGACGUCAGCUGUCCCAGAGCCCUCUCCUGGAGGUGCCUGCCUACUCCUUGGGCCAAGCCCAGGCCCUGAUGGACCUGUCUGCUCAGCUGGAGGAGGAACUGGACUUCAGGGAAGGGGAUGUGAUCAACAUUAUUGGUGUCCCAGAGCCUGGCUGGUUUGAGGGUGAGCUCAGAGGCUGCAGGGGCAUCUUCCCAGAGGGUUUUGUGGAACUGCUUACUCCUCUGCGAGCACCAGGAACCUCGGUGGAUCCAGAGCCCACAGGGACUUGUGACACCAAUGGAACAGUACAGGUGCCCCGCAAAGAUGACAAGGAGCCAGGGAGUACUUAUGGUGUUGCCCUCUAUCAGUUCCAAGCCCUGGAGUCCAAGGAACUGGAUUUUGAUGUGGGUGACAGGAUUCGGAUUGUAGGCAUUCUGGAGGAUGGCUGGCUGGAGGGGGAGCUGGGAGGAAAACGUGGCAUCUUUCCACACAGAUUUGUGAGGCUGGAAGCCUCUGAGGCUUGCAUGGAAAAGGUGAGUGCUGGGGAUCUGCAAGGUGGAGGCAGUUGUGGAUUGAACAUCCAUCAAGAUCCAGAAAUCACUUGCUCUGAAACUUACCCUUUGCCCCAGAAAGACAGCAGGGAAAAGGAGGAUGGCUUGACUCCAUAUCCUGAGCCUUCCACCAUUUUGUCUCACAAGGCAGGGAGGUCAGAGGAUCCUCUUGGCACUGACUUGAGACAGCCCCAGGCCCUUCCCAGCACAGGACACCAAGAGCCACAUCCUGAAGGCACGGUGGGCUCAGUCCCCUCUAACCACACAAACUCAGUCAAUGGCAUUCUCCCCUCUGCUCAGCUGCCUCCCCCACAGGGCAACAGGCCUGGCCAAGCAGGUGAGCUGGAGCCUGGGGGGACUAUUUCAGCGACCCUAGGAAACUCAGAAACUCACUCCUUCCCUAAGCAUGAUGGAGACAGCCCCACUGUGCCCUUGCAGGCUCCCCACUUCCCCCAAAAUCCUUGCAGGAGCCAAGUGAUUUCAUCUGCUAAUAGCUGGGCAGCAUCCCAGCCCCAGGAGAGCCAGAGCAGGACCCAGGACCUAGACAAUUGGAUGGACAGUAAACUGGAGAAGUCCAAGCCCUGUUCCAGCUUAGGAACUGCCCAGGUGAGCCUGGACACUCGGGCUGGGAGCUGGGGGGAGUGCUGCCCUCCUGCAGUGCAGGGGGACAGCUGCACGGACCUGGACUCCAAACUGACGGAGCAGCUGGCCCAGUUUGAGAAGAGUCUGUCAAGUACUGGUGCGGAGCAGGACAAGGUCUCCCGCCACUUCUCCAUCCUGGACUACAGCUCUGAGAAGGACAUUGUCCGUGGGUCUCCUGAAUCUGGGUCCCACUCCAGGCAGGCAGAGAGGAGAAGGGCCCUGAGGCCACCCCCUCCUCGGCCCAGCAGCCUGGCGACAGCCGCUGUGCACGGGCAGGGUGGCCGGGUGCCCAAAGGCAGGUCUCUGUCCUUCUCGGUCAAACCCUCCCGGCCUGCGCCCCGGCCUCCAUCCAGCAGCCAGCGGAGAAACGUGGCCCCUGCACAGCUUCAGCCCAGCACCCCAGAGCAGCGAGUGGAGGAGGGAUGUGAGGACUUGACACAGGCAGGAUCGGCCUCCUCCAGCUCCAUCCUGAUGACUAGAAUUGGAGAGGUGGAGAGAGAUCUGGAGGCGUACAGCAAGACCCGUGCCGAGCUAAGCCUGAUGCUGGAGGAGCAGCAGGAUGAGCUGGUGAGAGCAGAGACCAUGGAAAACCUUGAUUUCUGUGACUCCAACAUUGAGAGCCUCAGCAUGGAGCUGCAGGAGUUGAGAGAGAUGACUCUCCUGUCCUCCCAGACACCAUCCCUGGAGCCAUCCUCGGCCACCACUGAGAGCGCAGAGCAAAGGAUGCUGGAGAAGAGGGCCAAGGUUAUUGAGGAACUGCUCCAGACAGAGCGGGACUAUAUCCGAGACCUGGAGAUGUGUGUGGAGGGGAUCAUGGUGCCCCUGCAACAGGCACAGAUGCAGAACAUAGACUUUGAGGGCCUUUUUGGAAACAUCCACAUGGUAAUAAACUUCUCCAAGCAGCUGCUGUCCGCCUUGGAGGCUUCAGAUGCCAUCGGACCAGUGUUCCUGACACAUCGUGCAGAGCUGGAGAGUGUCUACAGGGUGUACUGCCAGAACCAUGAUGAGGCCAUUGCACUGCUGGAAACCUAUGAGAAGGAUGAGAAGUUGCAGAAACUACUUUUGGACCUGCUGGAUAGCCUCAGGAGCCUGUACAGUGAAUGGGGUUGCACAAACUACAUUAACCUGGGCUCCUUCCUCAUCAAGCCAGUGCAGAGGGUGAUGCGGUACCCGCUGCUGCUGAUGGAGCUGCUGAGUGCUACCCCCGAGGCUCACCCUGACAAGGCACCGCUCACGGCUGCUGUCCUCGCCGUCAAAGAAAUCAACGUCAACAUCAACGAGUACAAGCGCCGGAAGGACCUGGUGCUAAAGUACAGAAAAGGGGAUGAGGAUAGCCUCAUGGAGAAGAUCUCCAAGCUCAACUUCCACUCUAUCAUCAAGAAAUCCAACCGUGUGAGCAGCCACCUCAAGCACCUCACAGGCUUUGCACCCCAGCUGAAGGAUGAAGCCUUUGAAGAGACAGAGAAGAACUUCCGGAUGCAGGAGCGUCUGAUCAAGUCCUUCAUCCGGGACCUUUCCCUCUACCUGCAGCAUGUCCGGGAGUCAGCUUGUAUGAAGGCACUGGCAGCAGGGAGUAUGUGGGACCUGUGCACAGAGAAAGGAAGUGGGGACUUGGACCAGUUCCAGAAAGUGAAUCGUCUCAUCAGCGACCAGCUCUUCUCCAGCUUUAAAGAGCGGACGGAGCGGCUGGUGAGCUCGCCCCUGAGCCAGCUGCUGAGCAUGUUUGCGGGGCCCCACAAGCUGGUGCAGAAACGCUUCGACAAGCUGCUGGACUUCCACAACUGCACCGAGCGAGCGGAGAAGCUGAAGGACAAGCGAACGCUGGAGGAGCUGCAGUCAGCCCGCAACAACUACGAGGCCCUCAAUGCCCAGCUGCUGGACGAGCUGCCCAAGUUCCUGCGCUUCGCCAAGGAGCUCUUUGCCAGCUGCCUGCGGGGCUAUGCCGAGGCACACUGCGACUUCGUGCGCCUGGCCCUGGAGGAGCUCAGACCCCUGCUGUCGUUGCUGAAGGUGUCUGGCAGGGAAGGGAACCUCAUUGCCAUCUUCCAGGAUGAGCACAGUCGAGUCCUCCAGCAGCUCCAGGCCUUCACCUUCUUCCCAGAGUCCCAGGCAGCUCCCAAGAAGACUUUUGAAAGGAAAAGCAUGGAACGGCAGUCUGCCCGGCGGCAGCCCCUCGUUGGCUUGCCAACCUACUUCCUGCAGUCGGAUGACAUCCGCGCUGCCCUCCUGGCCCGCUACCCCCCAGAGAGUCUCUUCCAGGCAGAGCGCAAUUUCAAUGCUGCCCAAGACCUGGAUGUCUCCCUGUUGGAAGGAGACAUUGUGGGCGUCAUCAAGAAGAAGGACCCCAUGGGCAGCCAGAAUCGCUGGCUCAUAGACAAUGGGGUGACCAAAGGCUUUGUGUACAGCUCCUUUCUGAAGCCCUACAACCCCCGCCGCAGCCAGUCGGAUGUCUCUGUGGGCAGCCACUCUUCCAACGAGUCGGAGCACAGCAGCUGCUCUCCCCAAAGCAACGCCACCCUGACCUUCAGCCCCAGUGGGGCGGCCGUCACCUUCACUCAGAAACCCCUGCAGGACUCUGUCUCCCCGGCAGAUGUGGAGGCGGACUCCCCCUCUGUGCCCCAGCUUGGCUCUGGUGACAGGAUGGCCCCGCUGGCUGGCACCGUGACAUCUCAGCGCCGCCACAGCCGCCCCGAGCAGGGCUGCAGCCCCAGCUCUCGCAACGGGCACCCCACCAAAGCACAUCUCAGGUCCACGCCCUCCGUGGAGGACAGAGACUCAGGGCUGGAGAACAGCGAGUCAGAGGGCAACCAGGUCUACUACGCUCUCUACACCUUCAAAGGCCGAAACACCAAUGAGCUGAGUGUGUCAGCUAACCAGAGACUCAGGAUCCUGCAGUUUGAGGACAUCACAGGCAAUCAGGAGUGGUGGCUUGCCGAGGCCCACGGGAAGCAGGGCUAUGUGCCCUCAAGUUACAUCCGGAAGACAGAGUACACGUGAGGGUGCAGACAGAGCCUGCACCCCAUGCCUUGUUCCUCCUGGGACUGCUAGGGUCUGGGGGAGGCUGGCCAGCCCUGCAGCCCCCACUGCUCACCCUUAAGGCUAUGCCUCUCACAGCUGUGCGGUGCUCCUGGGCCCCAAACACGGGCUGCCAUCACCCCUUUAGGGGAGGGAGUAGGGGGGCUGGCCAGGUAGGCAGAAGCAGGCAGCUUGUGUGAGGGCAGAGGUGAGUUCACCUCCAAGGUGUGUUUGAGCCUCCUGUGUCCAGCCAGGAGCAGGGGAGCAAAGCCUGGGACUGUUACUUGCCCAGAAGGGUAAGGCUUGACUCAGGCUGAGGAGCUGCUGUGGAUUUAAGUUGUGGAAGGCUAAUGCUGAGUUUCUGGAGAUUGUCAUUAGUCAAGUAGUAUUAAAAGCAACCCAGACUUCGUGAAUAUGCUCCCUGUGCAGCAGGAGCCUGGUCUCGCCUGUCUCUGCAGGACUUGGGGUGGGACAUUUACACACUGCCUGGGGAAGCAGCUCUGAGGUUUGCUGGGAGUAGUUGAGCUCUAGGCCUAGAAUGAGUAUGGCCUCUGAAACCCUCACAACAAAGCCCCCAGCAGGUGCCUUCUCCCUGUGCUUGGUCUCCCAGGGCUUGGCCUUUCCAAGAGCCAGAAGCCCAGAACACCAUACCCUUGUCAGCGCAGUAUUGGCUGUGCCCAGGACCCAUUUUUGCACUGAUGUGCCCACCUGGCUGCUCUGGGCUGGAGCAGGGGAGAAGGCAAAGCACAAGCUGUCCUCCAGCCUGUUUUUUGGGGUCUGACCAGAAUUGCCUCACCUGUGCUUUCCUGCACAGCAUUGGAGGGUGCUGACAUUCUGGAGUGGCAGGCCCAUCAUCCCUGGGUGGGCUGUGGUGCCUUUUGCUGGGUUGGUGUGUGAUACGGCUGCUGCCCUGUCCUGAAGGGAAGAGAUUCCCUUCAUGGGGCAGUGUUUGUAUCCCCUGUACUGCUGCUCUGCAAAUAAAGAUUUGCCUUUGUGUAUAGAAGGUGCCUUUGCAAGUGUUGGGAAGCCUGGGAGGAGUGUGUGGCAGGUGCUGCAGCCUUCAUGCAGACCCUACAGGGCCAGGAACAUUUCUGUUUUGGUGGGGUCCAGCAUUCUAGUGCCUUGGUGUUUGUGCCAGCUGCAGCUCAGGCAUGAGGAAACACUCACAGGAACCUUCUUUAUUAAGAUGAAAUGGUGGCACUGGCCUCUUCCCCCAGCUGUGUGUUCCAUGACUCAGGGGUUCCAGGGCAGUAGGUGCUGGUGGGCUGAAUGUUUCCCUGCUCUAAGUGGGCACCUGCUCUCUGCAUGAGAUCUGGCCCAAGAACAAAGAGUCAAGGGUCUGUCAACAGUAACCACCAUACUUUGUGUGUGCAUGGCUGUACACAGACGUGUGCCUGCUGCUCUCCAG